UUUACGUCCGGCGAAAAUUUACAGACCACAUGUACACUUGCUUGACAACACCCGUUAAACAUAAGAACUUAACAUGACGAAGAUCUUGGUAACAGGGGGAAGUGGAUGUGUUGGCCAGCACAUAAUCAAACACUUCCAGGAAUAUGUAAAGGGCAUUGAAGAAAUCAGAGUUCUAGAUCUUCAGAAAUUUGAGCAGAAGUUAGAAUAUGAGAACAAGAUACCAGUCGUAUGCUCCACUGGUAGUAUAACAGAUGUUGAUUUAUUGGGCAAGGUCACUAGAGACGUUCAAUGUGUUAUACAUACGGCUGCUUACGUUGAUGUAAGAUUAUUUCCAGAUAAAGAAAAACUCGACAUAGUCAAUAGAAAAGGGACGAAACUAUUAUUGGAAGCUUGCUAUCAGAACAAAGUCGAGAUGUUUAUCCAUUGUAGUACUGUUGACGUUAUGCAAGGAUAUCAUGAUAUAGUCAAAGGUAACGAAGCAAAUACAAAGCCAGAAAAAUUACUUUUUGGUGAAUAUGCCAGGACAAAACAAGCAGGAGAAAGAGCCGUUCUGAGUAUGAACAACAAAUUCCUUUCAAACGGUGGUGUAUUUAGAACGAUUUCUUUGCGACCAAUGGUAAUUUAUGGAGAGCUCGAUCAACAUUUUAUACCUAACGCUAUAGAAGCUGGACUACAAAACAAAAAAAUCAUGGUUGAUUUUUGUGGCAAUGGAGCGUGUUGUCUUGUUUACGUCGGAAAUGUAGCUUGGGCUUUUGUAUGUGCUUAUAACGCAAUGAGGUCAGAUAAAACGCUUGGAGGAGAAGAAUUUCUUAUUAAAGAUAACAGUCCUAAUAAAUCAAUGAUCCAGUUUUGUAAACCAUACUUUGAUUCGUUCCAUAUUUCAUUGUAUCGGUCAUUUAUUCCUUAUUGGAUUUUAUAUGUUUUUAUAAGUUUUAUACAAAUUUUACUGCUUUUAAUUUCGCCAUUGAUGAAAGUGCAAUUUCCAUUAACCACAACAACAUUACUAUAUACGAAUUUAGCGCUGUCUUUUGACGAUUCAAAAGCUAGGAAAAUGUUGCAGUAUAAACCUUUGUACUCUCCCGUAGACAGUUACAAAUGUUCACUUAAGUAUUAUAAUUCACUUAGCUUUGAUAAUAAAAAGAAAAAUUAG